ACUGAUGACCAGUGGGUAAUUUCGCUCAAGCUACUUUCGAAACAUUCCGAUGCUGUAUUAGAGUGAUUCUUCAGUCUGUGUCAAACAGUUGAUGAUACAGUGAUUAAUUAAGAUUUAUUACCCCCGUAAGGACACAAGGAGAUGCAGUUGUGGGUGAUGGUGGUGGCGUGCGGCGCCGUACUGCAGGUGGCGCAGGCCAGCAAGUUCCUCUUCCUGGGACCUCUCUCUUCUAGGAGUCACAAGAACUUUUAUAUGGGCAUUGUCAACGCCCUGGCUGAUGAUGGCAACCAGGUUACAAUGGUGUCUUCAGUGAAGCCUACUAAGGUCCGAGAGAAUGUGCGUGAGGUGACCUUAGUCGGCGUAGAUAUACAAGAUUAUACACCAAAUUUAUUUACUGGAAAUCGAAUGGCUGCUCCAAUGACAAUGAUAUCAAUUACACCAAAACUCUGCUCCGAUGCUCUGGGAAAGGAAGAGGUUCAGAAUUUGCUGAAAGAGGAUUUUGAUUUCAUUCUUCUGAGCGCAUUUAUGUCUGAUUGCUUUUUGUCAGUGGUCUAUCAGCUGAAGGUUCCCUUUGCGUUUGUGAGCCCAGCAGGGCUGCUGGGACCUUUGCCAGUAUUGAUGGGCAACCCCAGCUUCCCGUCAUAUAACCCGUCUCUCUUGUUAUCGUCAAGACAUCCCCUGACUUUCGUGGAGAGAGCAAUCAGCACGCUGUCCGAAAUUGCAACAAAUGUUAUGUUCACCUACGCUUCCUCAUGCAUGGAGGGGGAAUGUCGGAGCCGUGGACUGUGUCCAGAUGAUAUGCCAGGGUUUGCUGAAGUGAGCCGUAAUGCAAGUCUUGCACUGAUCAACAGUGUACAAACUAUGGAAUACCCAGCGCGGCCAAUCGUGCCUAACGUGGUGUAUUGUGGGGGAAUCCACAUCCAUCCAGCAAAGCCUCUGCCACAGGAUCUUGAGGAAUGGGUUCAAGGUGCUGGCGACGAUGGCUUCAUAUACUUCAGUCUUGGCUCAGUUGUCCCAGGAUCCACUAUGCCAGAAGAGUACAGGAGAGCGUUCAUUGAAGUGUUUGGAUCCCUCAAGCAGAGAGUGUUGUGGAAGUGGGACCAGGACACUAUGGAAGACCUGCCCCCAAAUGUGCGCAUCAGCAAAUGGCUCCCUCAACAAGACAUCCUCGGUGAUCGCCGCCUGCAUUUGUUCAUCACCCACGGUGGUCUACUCAGCACCCUGGAGUCCAUGUACCAUGGUGUACCCGUGCUGGGCAUGCCUGUGUUCGGGGACCAGCAAGGCAACAUGGCCAAGGUGGAGAGAGACGGCCGGGGACGUGUGUUGUUAUGGGAACAGCUCACCUCUGAGUCUCUCAGAGACACGAUCAACAAGAUUAUGAAUGACUCCAGCAUGAAAGCCGAGGUUAAAGAAAGCUCAAAGGUAAUGAAGGACCAGCCACAGGAUCCUGCUCAAGUGGCACUCUAUUGGCUCAAGUAUGCUAUAAGGCACAACGGUGCCCCUCAUCUCCGCUGCCCUGCUGGCGAAAUGUCCUGGUACAAGCUGUACAAUGUGGACGUCUGGGCAACUGUGCUUGUAAUUGAGCUCUUCUCUCUCUACAUCUUCUUACGUCUAGUAAUAGCCUGCUAUUCUUGCCUCUUUUCCUCCAAAUCAAAAUCCAAAACUGAUUAAAUAGUUUAGCACCAAGCGAAUUAUUUUAUGUAGAGCAGUUAACGAUCAUAAGGACGCUCUACGAGGCAGUAUGCGCCUGUUGGUGGAUAGUCUAAAACCGAGAGACUUAUUGUAAUUUGGACGAUACCAAAAAAGUUAAUAAAGUUAAUAAUGCUG